CCGGGCUCGCGGGAAGAGCCGGGUCGUCCGGGCCGCCCGGGUCGCUGUCGCCGUCGCAGCCUCCAGGUUCCACACCCUGCGGACCCAUGGGCUGGUUUUUCUGGUUUGUGCCCUCAGAGCAAUUUGCAUAUUUCUUUGAAGAACUAAGAGAGGCUCUACAGUCAGUCCUUGGACUUAGAGGGGCGGCCCGCAGUUGCUUCUCCAAAGCUAGGGCUGGGAAUGGCCACAUGGAACAAACGUCACCCAAGGCUGCCUUCGGGAGCCGCAGAGGGGGAGCCCCAGCCGCCCAUAGGCCAAGAGCUGACAGAGGCCAACCGCUUCGCCUAUGCCGCACUGUGUGGCAUCUCUCUGGCCCACCUGUUUCCAGAGCCAGAGCAAAGCCCCUUCUGUACAGAGUUUGUGACGAGGCUGGUGAAGUGGCUGCAGUUAUCCGAAGCUGUUCUGCCAACCAUGACUGCCUUUGCCAGUGGCCUGGGAGGUGAAGGAACAGAUAUGUUCGUUCAGACCUUAUUAAAAGAUCCCGUCCUGAAGGGCGACCCAUCGGUGAUCACACAGGACCUUCUGAGCUUCUCCCUCAAGGAUGGACACUAUGAUGCCCGGGCCAGAGUCCUUGUUUGUUACAUGAAUUUCUUGCUCCAAGUGCCCUUGGAGGAGCUCCAUGUCCUGGAAGAGACAUUCCUGGAGAGCCUGAAGGACACCAAAGAGGAGGAGUCUGAGAUGGCCGAGGCAUCCCGGAAGAAGAGAGAAAGCCGGAGGAAGUGGAAGCGCUAUCUCCUGAUAGGCCUGGCCACUGUGGGAGGAGGGACCGUGAUUGGGGUGACCGGGGGCCUGGCUGCCCCUCUCGUCGCCGCAGGAGCUGCAACCAUCAUUGGCAGCGCGGGGGCAGCGGCGCUGGGCUCGGUGGCCGGCAUAGCAGUCAUAACCUCGCUGUUCGGUGCAGCUGGAGCUGGCUUGACCGGUUACAAAAUGAAGAAGCGCGUCGGGGCCAUUGAAGAGUUCACGUUCCUGCCUCUGACAGAGGGCAGGCAGCUGCACAUCACCAUCGCUAUCACUGGCUGGCUCGGGUCCGGCAGAUUCCGCACCUUCAGCGCCCCGUGGACGGCCCUGGCCCGCAGCUGUGAGCAGUACUGCCUGGCCUGGGAGGCCAAGUACCUGAUGGAGUUGGGCAACGCGCUGGAGACCAUCCUCAGUGGCCUCGCCAACAUGGUGGCCCAGGAAGCCCUCAAGUACACCGUGCUGUCUGGUAUCGCAGCCGCUUUGUCCUGGCCAGCCUCGCUCCUCAGUGUCGCCAACAUCAUCGACAACCCCUGGGGGGUGUGUCUGCACCGGUCAACGGAGGUUGGCAAGCAUCUGGCACACAUCCUGCUCUCGAGGCAGCAGGGCCGGCGACCUGUCACCUUGAUUGGCUUCAGCCUGGGAGCGAGAGUCAUCUACUUCUGCCUGCAAGAGAUGGCUCAGGAGAAAGAUUGUCAAGGGAUCAUCGAGGACGUGGUCCUGCUGGGUGCGCCCGUGGAAGGAGACCCCAAGCACUGGGAGCCAUUCCGGAAGGUGGUGUCCGGGAGGAUCAUCAAUGGCUACUGCAGAGGGGACUGGCUGCUGAGUUUUGUGUACCGGACAUCAUCUGUGCAGCUGCGUGUGGCCGGCCUUCAGCCCGUGCUGCUACAGGACCGGAGGAUGGAGAACGUGGACCUGUCCUCAGUGGUCAGUGGUCACUUGGACUAUGCCAAGCAGAUGGACAUCAUCCUGAAAGCCGUGGGCAUCCGCACCAAGCCAGGCUGGAGUGGAAAGGGGCUUCCACUGGCCCCAGCCAGCCUACCCCAAGAAGAUCCUCUUCAAACAGCUGCUGUCCCAGCAGGUGAGAACACCCCCCAGGAAGGACAAGCCCAGGAGCCUGCUUCCAGAGACACCCCCAAAGUCGCCAUGCCCUCCAUCUCCAGUCAUGUCCAGGCACCAACAGAGCUGGACCCACCUGAAGGGGUUUCACUCCCUGGUGCUGCCGGCUCAGCCGAGAGCCCCCUGGUCUGCAGCCACGGUAUGGGUCCCAACCCACUGGGAUGUCCUGACUGCAAUCAUGGGACUCAGGGCCCCUGUCCUGAGCUGGACUGACCCCCCACUGGGGUGCCUUUGGCUGUCUGCCCACACAUCCAUAUACAGUUCUCCCCAAUCCCUCCAGACUCCUUGGAUGACUCUUAAGACUGGAGAAUCUGCACAAGUGCCUUUCCUAAGGGGAAGGAAUUGGGAAGAAGGGGAGAAAACACUGCGCCCCUGGAAAGUGUCCUGCAGGGUUGACCCAGCAUGGAGCCCCAGGCUCCAGACAGUGUGGACCGUAGGUGCGGGCUGCCCAUCAGGAGGCCCAGAAGUUUCUAUGAGGCUGGAGCGCUCUGUGCUUCUUCCUUCCGUAGAAGAAGGAUCUACUGAAAUAGGUGUCUUCCUGUCCUUCCGUCUACACUCCAGGACUGGCAGUCAGCCUCGGACUGCACCAACAGACACCUGCCAACAGGGCAGCCUCCUCCCCCUACCCUUGGGGAUCCAGUCAGCUCUGUCCCACUCAGCUGUGCAGGUUGUCCACUGCCCGGCCACAGGAACAACAGAUGUGCCACAUGGUGGCCCAGGACGGAAUUGUCACAGGGCACGAGGCAUAAAUGCGGAAUCCCCAUUCAGAGUGGUGGGAUCUGGUUCUGGUGACAAGUGUGGCUUACACAGGGAAAGGACUUCCCAUAGCAGGAACAGGGAUGGUGACAGCUUUAAUAAACAAGACCAGCCACUGUGCAUUGAGCAUUCUA